AUGGCGUCGAGAUCAGUUAUUUCUUUCCUAUAUCAACAAGGGGGAUUAUCGCUGGCCGAAUUACCUCCAGCUUUCCUUGCUCCUGCGUUGUAUUCUACCAAAGCUUGCUUUAAUUCCCAACGCUCACAAUUCUCUACCUCAUCCUCCCCUGCUGCUCGUGACCGCAGUCGCUUCCGUGGAGUGUCGGCCAUUCACAGGACUGGACCUAAACAGCCCUUGCCAGUCUCAAAAUACCCUCUACCAAAGCCCGCUUCUCCAGAGCAGCAGGAGAAACGACCGGCUAAUCCUGAUCAUGGACUGUGGGGCUUUUUCGGCCCCAAUAAGCAAGCUAUCCCUACACCGGAAGAAGAAUAUGCACAUGGCCGUGCGUGGACCAUCCAAGAGCUGAGACAAAAGUCAUGGGAUGACCUGCACUGUCUUUGGUGGGUUACAGUUCGCGAACGUAACCGAAUAGCGACGUCCAAUUAUGAAAGAAAGCGGCUCGCAGCCGGCUACGGAGACUUCGAGGCUGACAAUAGGGACAAAACGGUACGAGCCACGCAGCAUGCUAUUAAACACGUCCUUCGGGAACGAUGGUAUGCCUGGAAUGAGGCUCGCGAGCUCUACAAUGGUGGAUAUAGACCGUCUCCAGAUGAGGUCCUUGAGGAAGAGACUGAGACUGCUAUGCCGGCGGAAGUGAUGCCCGAGGAGUUGGAUUCGUCUACGAAAUCAGAAACCACAACGUCCAAGAAUAUUUGA